AAAUGAUGUGAACGAUAGUGUAGCGUGUGUAUGAACCUCUUUGUUUUUUCCUCAAACAAUGCAUUUAAUAGCCAGUUCGUAAAGAACUGGAUGGGCAGAGUGAAGUUUUUAUUGUUGGAUUGCCACAACCCAUCUGAUGAUUCACCCGACCAGGGGAACUGUUCUCAGAUGACAGCGGAUGGUGCAGACGUUUCCUUCCCAGGAUCAGUGCCGUCUGCGUUAGCUUCUUCUAUUCUUACAGAACAUUAAAUAAUACCAAACAUGAGACUCGAACUUCGUCUGAUGUCGUGGAUUUCCGGACUUCGUUUUUCAGCCUGAUAGGACUCGGCAGCCUUUGACGGGAAUGAAUAGAAGUUAGUUAGCUUUCAGGCUAACUAGCAUGUUAGCUUGCAUGUAAAGUCGGGUGAUCGGAGUUACAGCACUGGGCGACGAGUACAAAUGGGAUUGUCAAUUAGUGGAACUUUAGCAAGAUAAGCGCUUAGUAAACACACAAAAAAAAUUGUCUUAUUUUUUGAAACGUUGUUUUUUUCACAAUAAUCAAGCACCUUGAAGAAACUGACGGAGUCUGCCAAGUGAGUUUCUUUCCAAAAACAAAGGCGCAAGCUAAGUUGGCCGAAAGUGUGUUAUGUUGAAAUCCCAGAUAGUCGUGCCGUUUGGUGAGUGCCUCACUACUGUUUGAAAGUGGGCUGAGUGCGGUGGAAAAAUGGCCCAGGAAUAGGAAGCAUAGAAGUGCCUCAAGAAAAAGGAACCAUCAUAACCGGUGCUGCAGUGGGGAGAGGGUUGGGGUUAGUCCUGGAUCGCCUUGCUGUUCUCUUGACAGCAAAUGUGGUCAUGGAUUUCCUGAAGUGAUGUCCACGCAGUGAGGGCUGGCUUGCUCAGUGGCCUGCUUGCCAUGCUGGCCUUGGGGGUUGACUAUGGGAAACCUGGAGGGAGAGGAAGAGGAGAAGGAGGAGGAGCAACGACAGAAGGAAGAACGAUUGCAUGGCAGUCACCUGUUCCGGGAAGGCUGCUGCCUCGGGGGACUGGCGUCAACAUCAAACAGAAGAUCUCCAAGUGGGAGGGGCUUAGCCAGCCAGAGGAUGGGCACGGGGGAAGGGAAAAGACCCCCAUAUCCCGCAGUCUUUCUAGGGAAGCAUUGGGAAAUGUAGUUCACCUUGAUGACAAAAACAAUGGACUAUGUAGGAAAAUGAACCUGUCUAAAGCCAAAAGCCUUGGUCUGGAUUUCAGGGAAACCCAGGCUAGUGACAGGCAGGCCGCAGGGGGGUGCAAGUCUGAGGCCAUGCACCGCCGAACAUGUUCGAAUGAGGUCAUAACCUCAAGCCCUGUGUCAAAGCUGUCACUCAGCAAGACCCAAGCACAACUGCCUGGAAACAAAUUGGAUGUGAAAAAGCAGAAAAGCAGUCACGGUGAGACUGGUGAAAAUGACACGGAUGCUGACGUAACAUCUCUACCUCAGCAUGUAGACGAUCCUGAGGACUCUCUGCCUCCUGGGAACUUUUACACCUCUCGGGGGUUUUGGAGGAGACUAGAGGGAGAGGAGGCGCUCUGGGACAGAGCGAAACCACCCUCACCCAUGUCGAAAGGUCUCAUCCCGAGGGAAACUGCACUCUGUUCUCCACAGCCCAACAUACCACCACCUAAACCACAACGCACAUUCCAGUACCAAGGGGCUGACUGCCCUCCUGUGCAUUCAGUCCAGUGGGAGAAGCAGUCUCUAGGUAGCCAAUCAAAAGAGGUUAGAAGCCAUGAUGUCAUACAUCCUCCCAGAGGCCCGCCUCCCCUAUGUCCGGUCGCCCCCAGCAACGGCUUUUCCCGAAACAGAAAAAACAGGAAGUCGUUUGAGUUCGAGGAUGUGGUUCAUGUGACUGCGCAGCAGGGAUCCAGGGGGCCAGUGUUCCGCUGCUCAGGACUGUACCAUGCCCGAUCCGAGGACAGUAUUUACGAAGACAUAAUGGCGGACUUGUCAAAGGAGAACCCAUAUGAGGACAUCAAACUCUCUCCUAUGUGUCUGCCCAUCAAACGCUCACGGAGCUCAUCUGUUGCAAAGAGGCAGAACUCAUGCACCCCAAAGUUGCCCCCAAAGCCCCCUGCAUUGCGAGUCAACACUGACGUUCUCCCCGAGGAAGCGCAAGACUUCAGGCAGGCUGGAACAUCACUGUCCCAGACACCUACCACUCCUAAAGCAUCGGCAGCAAGUCGGGCUGCAUACAAAACACAGCGACAGCCUCAGUACGUGAGCAGGAUCCAAGAGAUCUUCCAGGCCAAGAGAGGGAGGAAGAGAGUGAAAAGCCAGAUGAGCACCAGCAGAGAUGAGUUAAGCGGAACAGAGAGUGAUCCGGAGGAGAGCAGCAAAGGUUACUCGCAGCGGCAUGUGUAUGUGCAGUCCACGCUGAGGAGGAGACCAGGCUAUCGCACGCUGGAGAGGGACCUCAUCCAACUACAGCAACAGCAGCUCUUCCAGCUGUUUGUGGUGGUGUCACUGAGGAAACGUUCCCCCGGAAACACGUACUACCCAGAGAUCACGCAGCAGUUCCCCACCAAGUUUGAGAAGUCCUCGCGUCUGUCUCGUGAAACGGAGGAUCGCCUGAAGGCCAUUCCCAGUUUCUGCUUCCCAGACGCCGAGGGCUGGAGGCCAUCUGCGGACGUCAACAGUGAAACCUUUUCGUUCGUCCUGACGGGAGAAGACGGGAGCCGCUGGUUUGGUUACUGUCGCAAAAUCUUGCCAUGCGGAAAGGGGAAGAGACUGCCUGAAGUUCACUGCAUCGUAAGCAGACUAGGGUGCUUCGGCCUGUUUGCCAAGAUCCUGGAGGAGGUGGAGAGGCGGAGGGAGAUCGCCCCAGCCCUUGUCCACCCCUUCAUGCGCAGUGUCAUGGAGGCACCAUUUCCUGCCCCUGGACGCACCAUCACCGUCCGGAGCUUCCUCCCCGGCUCAGGCAACGAGGAGCUCACUCUCUGUCGGCCAGUGGACUCGCGUCUGGAGCACGUUGACUUUGACAGUCUACUGCAGAGCCUGAGUGUGAGCAGGUUGCUGCAGGUCUUUGCCUCACUGCUGCUGGAGAGGAGAGUCAUCUUCAUCGCGGACAAACUCAGCACCCUGUCUCGCUGUGCCCACUCAGCCCUGGCACUGCUCUACCCCUUCACCUGGCAGCACACCUUCGUGCCCGUGCUGCCUGCCAGCAUGCUGGACAUUAGCUGCUCUCCCACCCCCUUCCUCAUGGGGGCACUUUCGCCGUCGCUGCCUCAGCUGCUGGAUUUGCCCAUUGAGGAGGUGCUCAUCGUAGACCUGUGUGCCGACAAAUUUGUUGUCCAGCUGGGAGAUGAGGACUGUAUCCUCCCCAGUAAGCUCCAGGCAGCCCUGCAGGAAGUCCUGGAGAGCCGGCAGGAGAUGCUGCAGGACAGGGAAGAGGGCAGGAGGGAAGAGGGGUGCGACCUGAGCUCUCUGGUGUCGGAGGCAUUUGUGCGGUUCUUUGUGGAGCUGGCGGGACAUUACUCGCUGCACAUCGGCGAGACGGGGUCAGCGGGCGUCCAUGAGCUCAACAGAGACACUUUCCGCAAGUCUCAUCCAUCGCGCGGCGUGCGCCAGUUCCUCCAGCUGUUCAUGGACACGCAGAUGUUUGCCGGGUUCAUCCAAGACCGAGAGCUCCGUAAGGGGGGAGUGCGAGGCCUUUUUGAGGUGAGAGCUGCAGAAUACCUUGCCUCCUGUCCGGAACCCGAAGCCAGCGGAGUCAACAAAUUCCUCAAGGGCCUUGGAAACAAAAUGAAGUUCUUACAGAAGAAGUGAGGGAUUGCCUAAACAGAGAAAAAGUCCAGUCUAGUGCCAAGUGGGGAAGGCUGUGGUCAUGGUGAUUGCUUAGAGGAGGCCUGUGAGUCAGCGAUUCAGCAGCGAGCCCAGCAGGCAGGCGGGGACGAGACAGAGUCUGGACUGGGCGUGUUCGGCCCCAGAAAAUGCUCAUGCUGGCAGCGUCUGUGCAGUUGUGUUUAGCUGAAAAACUGGAAAUGGAUUUUUAUAAACAAGUGACAAAGCAGGACCGAGUUGGGAGGUGACUGGGACAUGUUAUUGUAUAAAGCAAAAAUGUUUUGGUUAAGUGUAGGAAGGCUAAUGAUGUAGUUCCUUUAUACACUAAUCCAGAUCCUUUUUGGGUUUUUUUUUGUAAUUUAAAAAAAAAAAAAAAAAGCGGUUCAAUAUAAGUAUUCUUUACACCUUAAAGAGCUUUCCAAACUGGAAAGUAUUAUUCCAAAAGGUAAAUUUGAUUUGAAAUGUAGAGAUGGUGUCAUCUCCUUUACAAGUUACGCAUUUGUAAUUCCUCUGAGACACACUGAUGAUGCUUCUCAAUAGUUUAAAAAAUAAAUUUCAAAUUUCACUCUCUUAUUUUUACAAACUAAAACAUAUGUGAUUGAAGUCUGAAAAGACAUUUCAAAAUAUUUUUACAUUUUGUACAGUUUUAUAUGAUAGUUUUGUAUAACCAUGAAGUGUACUGUGACAUUUUCGAAUAAAAUGCCUUCAUGUGCAACUCUUA